AUGAGCGGAACGGUGUUUCAUGGUGUACCCACCGUUCCUACACCUCAGUUUAGUACGUUUACAACGGUUGUAGAUCUUCCUGCACCUUUACCUGACUUCGCAUCCAAUCUGAAGAUAUGUGCUUCAUUUCAGGUUGCGGUUCCAUACCCUUCUGUAAAUGUCCAAAGAACUUUUGCAGUUCUCUCGAGCACUACUGAAACAGUGAAGGUUUGCUAUUCUUUUUCUGCAAGUGUAAUCAUUUAUCGCUAUGAGUCGAAAACGGAAAAGCAUCAUAAAUUUCCACUGGCUUCAACGUCAUCUAGGAGUUACAACCUUAAACGAUCCUUCAAGGUAAUCAUCGUUGGUGAUGCUGGUGUUGGUAAGACUUGUCUUUCGUUCCGGUUUUGUUGUGGUCGAUUUCCUGAGAAUACCGAAGCUACCAUAGGUGUGGAUUUCCGAGAAAGGAGUUGUGUUAUUGAGAGAGAAUUACUCAAAGUGAGUUCUCAUCACGAGCGGUAUAGGCACUCAAUUGUGGCUCAUUACUACCGCAAUGUCAAUGCAGUAGUGUUCGUUUACGAUGUGACAUGCCCAUCGUCAUUCGCAUCGCUUCGGUCUUGGAUUACAGAAUGUGAGAAAAAUGGAUUGACUUCAGACUCGGAUGUGCCGCGAAUUCUUAUCGGAAACAAAUGCGAUCUGAAAUCUUCAAGCACUGCGCGUGUUGACACGGAUGCUGCACAGAUUUUCGCCGAUCAUAAUAAUAUGGCACUUUUCGAGACAUCAGCAAAGGCGGAUUCUGAAGCAGACCAUGUAGAGUCUAUCUUUCUAACUCUACUUCAUAAACUGCAACAGAGCAAGCCGAUGCAUGUACAAAGUGAGGGGGAACGGCAAGCGAAGGUAUAUUUUAAGUAUGAUGGUUUAAAUGAAGGACUGUGCUGUGAACAUCGUUCGAUGACCUUCCUGCAGUACAUUUGA